CGCUGGUGGUAUAUGGAUGGAUGUGGAUGCAAUUCUACUGUCCAUGUCACCAGAAAUUGCUCAUGGAAGUGAGGCUUAAAGCGAUUGAUUCUUAGCGCCAAAAUGAGAUUUUACUUCAACGGGCUACCUUGAUGCUAAGCUGAACGAGCUUUAAACCUUGUUGUGUACCAUUUAACGACGUUAGCUCUGCCAGGCCCUUUAAAAUGCCUGCCACAAGAACGAGGAAUUUGGCACGGUUUUUACGCAAUUCGACCAGGAUUUCUGCCCACGUUCGCUGACCUGAUUGGCCGAGAAAACAUCAACGAAAAAACCCGUUUUCUGUGACGCGUUCGUUACGAGUAAAAAACAUCUCUUGAAAUCCGAAACCGCGUUCAAACUCCUAUAACUGAAAGUCCAUGGAAACCUUCGUAGCUACAACAGUUCAUCCACAAAUCAGUGAAAAAAAAUCGACGUCAUUUAGCUACUUGGGAAGAGAGCCAAUUCCGCAUGUCCGGAUCUGCAAGUCUUGUAUUGACCCAGUUUCCCUGAGAUUUUGAGCUGGUUGUGCGGAAAGGUCAUCAUCCCGAGGCUUCCACUGUUUAUAAUCGAUAUAGGAUGAUAUAAAUCGCCAGAUAAAAGCAUGUUUGGAAAGUUUACGAUCAAUUCUGGUUCUUCGCAAGCGGAGAAGAAAGCCAAGUCGAAAUCGAAAGACCCGAAAAAUGUUCUCGAUAGUAGUUUUGAGGAGAAAUCUUGUUUUUUUCUCAAGCGAACGUUCUUUGUAAGAAAAUGGUUUAUUCAUCUCGUCCACUGGCCGUGGUUUGAACGACUCAGUAUGCUCGUGAUCUUUGUGAAUUGCGUGUGUCUGGCGUUGACCGAUCCACUUGACCGUUAUUGUGAGCAGGACAACUGCAAACGACUGAAGAAAAUCAACUCGUUCGUGCUUUAUUUCUUCGUCGCUGAAAUGGUGAUCAAGAUGAUAGCGAUGGGGGUGAUCGGAAAGAAGAGUUAUUUCUCAGAGGGCUGGAACAGACUUGAUUUUCUAAUUGUAGUCGCUGGGAUGGUCGAUGAGUUCUCGGAAAUGGACGGAGCAUUUUUGGUGGCGAUCAGACUGGUUCGAGUUCUUCGUCCACUGAGAGCUAUUAAUCGUGUGCCUAGCAUCAGAAUCUUGGUGACAUUACUGCUGGAAGCUUUACCACUCUUGGCCAAUGUUUUUGCGCUGGCUUUUUUAGUCCUCUUUAUAUUUGCCAUCGUCGGUGUUCAACUUUGGCAAGGGGUAUUGAGAAACAGAUGUUUUCUUAACUCGACUUUGCGGCACAACGCAACUUUUGGGGAAACCACGCAGAGUAGAUGUUACUAUCAACCGUCUUUCGAUGAGCCAGAUUUUCUCUGUUCCUUAUCAUCGUUGACUGACACUAAAAGCUGCAAAAAUAUGCCCGAAGGGAACUCGGGAUGUACGCUAUCAAAUUAUGCCUCUCACGGGAAUCAUUGCGAAUUCCAUACCAUUGGAUCCUUCGCUCGACAAGAAUACGAGUGUAAACAGGAAGGACCAAAAACCCCCUUCAUACCACCCAGUUUCUUUCGACAAUAUCGGCUAUGCCUUGAUGGUUAUAUUUCAAGUAAGUUGUUUGAUUUGAUCUAUCCAUCAAUCAAUCAAUCGAUCUAUCCAAUCAUCACAUUAGAAGGCUGGUCGGACAUAAUGUAUCGUAUUCAGGAAGCUCACGAUUAUUGGAACUGGAUUUACUUUGUUAUUCUAAUUCUGAUCGGUCCUUUCUUCUUGGUCAACCUGUGCCUUGUGGUCUUAGCCAUGCAGUUCCAGGAAACGAAGACUCGGGAACUGCAACUGUUGGAGGAAGAUCGUCAGAGGAAACUACAAGCAGAGAACGUGUUCAAACAGACAAAAUGGGGAAAGGUUUUGAGUGUUGUGAAAACCAACCUCAGCGACACGAUUACCAAACGAUCUGAUAAACACGUCCAUCACCAUCAUCACUUUCACCACUACUACCAUCAUGAACACGUGGUACAGUCCCCCCAGGAUGAUUCAGGGGCAAACAUCCCCCGGAAUCCUACUGUGGUUGUCUCACAUCAUAGUUCAGUCUGUCAUACCCCACCUGUAAUACACGACCAACCGGGGGGUGACCUGCCUCGAAACCCCACCGUCCAUAUCUCCCACCAAAGCUCCGUUCGAGAACCCAGCGACUCUAUUAUAUCACUAGAAAUGACAUCAAACUGUAAGAUUUCUCAGAAUUUUCUCUCCCCCACUUCCCCACAUGUUUCCGGGAGGCUAUCCCCUACCUUGUCGGUUGAAUCGGUCUCCUCGGAGCAGGUGUGCGUCCCCCCCGAUGCGGUGUCGUUGUGUUCCAAUGAAGAUCUGACAAAAACGUCCGCUUUUUCGAGUCUAGCGUCUGCCUCCGCUUCUGCCACAUUUCGCGUGAAUGUAAGAUGUCAAGUCCAUGAUGACCCAACUGAACGGACGAAAUCUGCGAAGACAGAAUUGAUAAGCACCGCAAACGCUUCGCUGAAAAAGCAGACCAAACAAAAACCUGCCAAAGAAUCAGAAGUUCCUGUAAAAAUACCGAAUUCGCAGACGACAGAAUCAACCACCAAACAAACACAAUUCGAUCCGGUUGGACCAGCUGCCUCUCCAAAGAUCACCGAAAAAAGUUCGCCGAUUUUCAAUUCGCAAGCUAAAAACGCUUUGAAUGAAGUAAACAAGGACAGGACAGCAAGUUUGAAAAAACUCGAGGUUCCUAGUCUGAAGGACACGGAUUCCUCCUGUAAAGUAAUGGAGAAAACGACUCCGAGUUUCAAUGCUUUAGGCGUUUCAAAUACUCGAAUAAGACGUUCCUCAAAAGAAGAGGAUAAAAGCUCAACACCAAGUGUUGGUACACUUGUUGCCACUAGUCCAGAAACCAAAUCUUUACCUAAGCGAAGUAGUUUACAAACUUUAGAUGUGGCAAAUUUACAACAAUCUGGUCUUGUUUCAUCAAAAGGUUCUACGGAUCUAAAACUUCCACCGCUAGUCGCUACAUACAGAAAAAGAAGCACGUCGCUUGAAGAUGUUAAGAUCACUCCUGUUAAGAAAACAAAUGAAAGGAGAGGAAGAGAAGGGAGCCUGGAUGAUAGAUUUGGUAGUAUGUUUGAUAUUCAAAGACAUGGUUUAUAUUACGUUUCUCAAGAGCGGACUCUCUGGCAAAGAUUUUUAGAAAUCUGUGCGAGGCUCACAAAUAACGCGACAUUCAUCAAUUUCAUCAUGGUCGUGAUUGUACUGAAUACAGUCACCAUGGCAACUGAACAUUACCAGCAGCCUGAGUCGUUGUACGAAUUUCUUGAAAUCUCAAAUGUCGUUUUCAUCACGAUAUUUUCUAUUGAGAUGAUCAUCAAAAUCGCUGGCGAAGGAAUCCGCUGUUAUGUGAGCCAAUGGUUUAAUAUUUUUGACGGUUUCAUCGUUAUUAUAAGUAUUAUCGAGUUGAUCGUCCUUCAAGGUAGCGGCGGGCUCUCGGUCCUACGAAGCAUACGAUUGCUCCGAAUAUUUCGUCUCAUUCGACCAAUCAGACAUCAGCUUAUUGUUAUGGUUCACACUAUGACGAGUGUGGUCACGUUUACCGCGCUUUUGUUCCUCUUCAUGUUCACCUUCGCUGUCCUGGGAAUGAAUUUAUUUGGCGGGAAAUUAAGUCUACCCAACGCAAACUGCACCAUGGAAACAGUUCGAAGUAACUUUGAUACUUUCCCUGCUGCUAUGGUAACCAUAUUUCAGGUACUCACACUGGAAGAUUGGAACCUAGUAAUGCAGAGUGCUAUGAGAUCAACUAAUCAUUGGGCAGGAAUAUAUUUUAUCAUCUUGACUAUCAUUGGAUAUUACGUGUUGUUCAAUCUCCUAGUCGCCAUUUUGGUAGAAGGAUUUACCAACCCUCUGCUUUUUGACGAGUCAGAAGACCGCAAAGCCCCAGAAACAACAGAAUCAGUUGCACCCAAGCCAACAACAGACUGGCUUGCCUUAAUAAAACAGGCGAAGGAACAGCCAACUACUCCUGAACCAGAGAAAGAUGAUUUCAGCGAUAUACCAGACGAUGAGAGCCCUCGUGAUGAACAUACAUUUACCGAGAACACAGUGAAGAAUCCCUUAAACUACUGUGCAUCAGCCAUGCGCGGUGUUAUGGGGAAACCUUAUAAUAUUGAUUCAAAAUCCAGCCUCGACACUCCUCGAAAAUCGUCCAACUUUUUUAUGAGAGCAUUUUCCUCAGCACCAAAAGACGAAACGUUUGUCCGAGGACCAACAAAAAAUCCAAUCAUGUCCUAUCAUUUUAACAACAAAGCCUUUUCCACAAGUUACAACGAUGAGGAGAAAGGAUUUUCCCCGACGAAGGAAAGUUCUUCCAUUUUUCAUCAAACGAAACCGGACCACAAUUCGGCUUGCAAUAAUGGAGGAUUUUCUGAUGAAGAAACACUCUCUUCUGCUCGAUCUAAGCCAAAGAUUGUUAUCACAGAUGUAGACGGAGACAUUAAAUACGAUGAGACAUCAAGUAUUGAGAAACAUCAAAAGAAACAUGUUGAUAAAAGUUCGUCAAAAUCAUUAUUCAUAUUUUCUGAAGAUAACUUAUUUCGUCAGCUCAUGAAGAGAAUCUCAAACAGUAAAAUGUUUGAUAAUUUUGUGCUGUUCCUAAUCGUGGUUAGCUGUUGUUUCAUGGUCUUCGAUUACCCUAUGGAUGUAAAACAGAAUACAGAUGUAAUUUAUACUGCAAACCUGGUUUUCACUAUACUUUUUACGAUUGAAGUUGUGAUUAAGGUGAUAGCGCAAGGACUGGUGCUAGGUAAGGACACUUACUUGCGUCUCGGUUGGAACGUCUUGGAUUUCAUAAUCGUUCUCGUCUCCUGGUUACACGUGAUCACGUCAUCGUUUCACAGCACCAGCCCUGGGAUACUCGGCUCAGUCAAAGUACUGCGAGCGCUUAGAACACUGCGCCCGUUGAGGAUGAUUCGGCGAGCACCUGGAUUGAAGCUGGUUGUUGGAGCUCUGCUGCGGUCUCUAAAACCGAUUGGGAACACCGUUCUCAUCGCUGGCAUCUUUUUUGUUGUGUUUGGAAUUCUCGGAGUUCAGUUAUUCAAAGGGACCUUUCACCAUUGCGAAAGCCAUCCUUUCGUGGAUACAAAACACGAAUGUACGCAAAUGCCAAAUGGAAACUGGACAAAUCGUCCUUAUAAUUUUGAUAAUCUGGCUCAGGCGCUGGUCACGUUGUUCGUCUUGGCAACCAGAGAUGGGUGGGUGACUGUGAUGCAUUAUGGGGUAGAUGCCGUCGGGGUUGAUAAGCAGCCGAGGGAAAACCACAAUCCAUGGAAAGUUUUGUAUUUUAUGGGCUUCUUAAUGGUCGUUGGAUUUCUGGUGUUGAACAUGGUCGUAGGUAUCGUUGUCAAUAAUUAUCAACUCUGUCAAGAGAAGCAGGAAAGGGCAGAUAGAAGAAUCAAGUCGCAAAAGACAGACGAUUCCUUGAAGAUUGUAGAUAAGACGAGAUAUGACGAUUUAGGUGGUCUGAAACCGUCUUCAUUUCGUGGUCGCUGCUUCCGUCUUUGUCACAACAAGUACUGGGACCUAGCCAUCGCUGUCGUCAUCUGCGUCAACGUCAUCCUGAUGUCACUGGAACAUUACAAAAUGUCCGAAAAAUACAAACUUUUAUUGGACGUAAACAACUACGUCUGUACUUUAAUUUUUAUAAUAGAAGCGUUUAUUAAAGUCACUGCCGUUGGGUGGAAAUGCUAUUUCAAUGACAGAUGGAAUAUUCUGGAUUUUCUCAUCGUUAUCUUCUCCGUUGUUGGUAUUAUCAUGGAUUUGAUGAACAAAGCUCUGAAAAUCAACGUGAAACCCAUCGUUCUACGCAGUCUUCGUGUUUUGAGAAUCAUCAGAGUGCUAAAGCUGUUCAAGGUAGCCAAAGGCGUGCGAUCUUUGCUAGAUACUGUCAUAAAAUCGCUUCCUCAGGUUGCUAACCUCGGUAUCGUGCUUUUCCUCCUCUUUUUCAUAUAUUCCUCACUUGGCAUUCAAUUAUUCGGCUCGAUAGAAUGCUCAAACGGCUACCAUUGCCAGGGCAUUGAUACACAUGCUCAUUUUCGUAAUUUUCCAACCGCCAUGUUGACGCUGUUUCGUGUCGCGACUGGAGACAAUUGGAACACUAUUUUCAUGGACACGUUGCGUCCAUCAUGCGACUCAUCGGCGACUUGCAAGAAAAACUGUUGCUUCAGUAAAUACACGGCUCCGUUGUAUUUCACGACGUUUGUUUUGGCAACACACUUCGUCCUCCUCAACGUUCUUGUCGCCGUCUUAAUGAAAGAUCUAAAAGCGUCGCGAGAAAAGUUAGCCGACGUUCUGAUGCGUGAAACCUUUGAGAAACGCGUCGUCAAGUUAACCAUGUCUGCGACAAAAUUUGUAAAAGAAAAAGCGCGUUCAAGACGAUCUAAAACUCAGGAAGAAGUUGUCGAUGGACAAAUUGAACUAAAGCAAAUGCGGACGUUCUCGCCAAAGCCAGAUUGAUGGAAACCAAGGUGAGAAGUGCUUUACUGGAAGGCAUGAAAUAUUUUAAUCCCUUUUGGGAAAUCAGAAAAGAUUUUUUUACAAAUCAAGAACUCCUUGGCUUGGCUUUCAUGAGAGGCAAAUAAUUUAAAUGGUUAGUUGUGACGGCAGUUUUUGGAAAAUCGGAAAUCGAAGGGUAACUUCAGUGGUCUUUAUGAGGAUCUUGCGAAAGAGAACAGAAUUAUCCUAUAGGCUGAAAAUCUAGGUGCUUCCGAUGAAAGAUGGAUGCCAAGGCUUCAAAAAAAGGGAUUAGAGAGUCAAUACAGCCAUAAAAUGGUGAUCACACUCAAUAAUCUAAACCUCGCUAUUGUUAAGAAGGAAACGUUUUCAAGGGAGGAACAGUGGCGUAGCCAGCCUGACAAUUUAGUCAUGCAUUUUCAAUGAAUUUUUAAAGAAAUGAAUAAUGAUAAUAACAUAAAAUUUGAAUAGCAUGACUAAAUCGUCAGGCUGGCUUCGCCACUGAAGUCUGUAGACGAAUGAUUCUUCAGCAAUGGUAAUAGGUUCGUGAUUUGUCGAAAAACGACAAAACAAUCCAUAGAAAUUGUACAUAAAAUAUCGUUCUUAAUUACGCAUUCGAAGCAGGUAACAGCAAGAUUGUAAAUCGUGAAUUUCCUGAACACAAAUAAAGUGAAUAGAUGGAACACAAAUAAAGUGGAUGUAAAGUCUGUUG